AGCUCUGGAGGCAGCUAUAAAUGGUCUCAGAAGGAAGCUUCACACGGUGUAUUCUGUGUUGCAGGCCAAGUGGCAUCCGAGCCGAGUGAUGGACGAUCUACAGUCCCAGAACCUCGCCAUGGACAUGAGCGACUCCUCCCCCGCCUUGACCAAUAACAGACUGGAGAAUGGCAUGGCCCAGCUGAUCACCACCGAGGCCUGGAACAUCAACUCCACCGACCUGGUAAAGAAGGCGCUGGUGACCGUGCCAGCCCCGUCCAUCCAACCCCCGGCCGAGUCCCAGAGCGGCGUGGCUCUCAAGGUGGCGGCCACCGUGCUGCAGCCCCUGUGCCUGGGGGAGAGCCCCGUGGUGAUGCCCAUUCACAUGCAGGUGGAGGGCAGCUCGGCGCCUGAGCUCAACCAGAGCGGCAACGCCACGUACGUGAUGACAGCGCAAGGGCCCGUGCAGCUUCCAGUGGUGCUGGAGCAGCACGUGUUCCAGCACCUCAACUCCCCGCUGGUCCUGCCGCCAGAAGCCCCGGGCUCCUCUGGCGCCAUCCACAACAACCUCUUCCAGGGGGCCCGGGACCCCGAGGCACAGCCCCAGCUCCUGGAUCUGCGGAUCCCCAGCCAGCCGCAGGAGCCCCCGCUGCCCUUCGAAGCCGUGCUCCACAAUCUGUUUCCUGCCCAGGGUGCGCUCGGCCCCCCACCCUGUCAGCCUCCCCCAGGCUAUGCCCCAGUGCCCCCCCAGCCAUUCAACUCCCCCUUGUCACCCCUGGUCCCGCCGGCCACGCUCCUGGUGCCCUACCCGGUGAUCGUGCCCUUGCCCGUGCCACUCCCCAUCCCCAUCCCCAUCCCUGUGCCUCAGAGCUCCGAAGCCAAGUUCAGCCCGACUUGCCCCAAGCCGCCAUCUGCCUUUGGCCUCCACCCCUUUAAAGGCCCCCAGAGCCCUCUCCAGAAGGAGGAAGUAAAGCCCUUCGACCUGUUCCAGCCCCGGGAGUACUUCCAGCUCGGCCGCCACACUGUCAUCAAGAUGGGGAGUGAGAAUGAGGCCCUGGAUCUCUCCAUGAAGUCAGUGCCCUGGCUCAAGGCUGGCGAAGUCAGCCCCCCAAUGAGCCAGGAAGACACAGCCCUAGACCUGUCACUGGCCGCCCACCGGAAACCUGAACCUCCCCCCGAGACACUGUAUGACAGCAGCGGGUCCGUGGACAGCCCAGGUCACCCGGUGCUGGAGAAACUGCCCAGUGGCAUGGAAGUGCCCUUUGCCCCCGCCACGACACAGGAGGCUGCAUCUGUCAUGGAGAGUCACGGGGGCGGCAGCGACGCCACCGAGCUACCCAGCCAGCCCAGUGGUGAGGUCAAGGCUGGAAAUCACAUGGAGAUGGUGAGCGAGUCCCAGGCGGCCAAGGUGAUCGUCUCCGUCGAAGACACUGUGCCUACCAUCUUCUGUGGCAAGAUCAAAGGCCUCUCGGGGGUGUCCACCAAGAACUUCUCCUUCAGACGAGAAGACUCCAUGUUUCAGGGCUCCGACACCAACAGCCCAGGAGAAGAGGCCCUGGGAAACAUGGAGGCCCUCAGGAAACCCACCAAAAACCGGAGCAUAAAGUUAAAGAAAGUGAACUCCCAGGAAAUACACAUGCUCCCAAUCAAAAAACAACGGCUGGCCACCUUUUUUCCAAGAAAGUAAAUAAUGGCUUUUUAAAAUUUUUAUGAUUAUAAUAUGGGGAAAGGUGCAUUGGUUUUAUAAAAAGGCAUUUAAAACAAAUUAUCUUUGUUAAUUAUUUUGGGGAGUAGCUGGGAACCAGGAAAGCAAAUUGGCUCUAGAGGCCCUGUAAGCUAGGAUCAUUUUCUUUUUUAAUUUUUGACUUUUCACAAAUGAGUAAAUAAGAGCAACCUAUUUUUCAAGCAGAUUGCACAUUUUUUGCAGCUUUAAUGGAAUAUUGGGUGAAUCAGAGGGGGUUAAAAAAGCUAUUUUCAUUGCCACAAAGUGCUUUGAUGAUGUAAUACCUAAUAAAGGGUAGGAUGAAUAUUUCACAAUAAAUGUUCAUUUGCACUAA